AUGGAGCACCCACUAUCCUCCCUCCCCUUGAAAGGAAAAACCGCAAUCAUCACAGGCUCCUCCCGCGGUCUCGGCGCAGGAAUGACCCUCGAACUCGCCAAACGCGGCGCAGACAUAGUAAUCACCUACACCUCACCCGCCAGCACCCCUCUCGUCACCUCCCUCACAACUCUCAUAAAAUCCCUCCCACACCAUCCCACAACCCUCACCAUCCAAGCAGACCUCCUCCUCCCCUCCACACCCUCUAAAAUCAUCUCCGCACUCAAGACCUGGCGGGGUCCCAACCAGCCCCUUACGAUAGACAUCCUAGUAAACAACGCCGGAACCGAGAUCGUCGCACCGCUCUCCACGAUCCAAAUCCCGGACUUCGAGAAAGUCUACAAACUAAAUGUGUUAGCACCAGUUCUCUUAACGCAAGCUGUUCUCCCGUAUCUGCCCCCAAGAGGGAGGAUCAUCAAUAUCUCCUCCGUCGGUGCGCGCGCGGGAUUCGCAAAUCUGGGACUUUAUUGUUCGUCCAAGGCUGCAUUGGAGGGACUUACUCGAUGUUGGGCGAAGGAGUUGGGAGGGAAUGGGACGACGGUUAAUGUGGUGAGUCCGGGGCCUGUGCAAUCUGCGAUGUUGGAGAAUAUCCCGAAGGAGAUUGUGGAGAGGCAGAGGAGUGAGACGGCGGUGGAGNGGUUAAUGUGGUGAGUCCGGGGCCUGUGCAAUCUGCGAUGUUGGAGAAUAUCCCGAAGGAGAUUGUGGAGAGGCAGAGGAGUGAGACGGCGGUGGAGAGACGAUUGGGGAGUGUGGAGGAGGUUGCGAGGGUUGUUGGGUGGUUGGCGGGGGAGGAGAGUGGGUGGGUUAGUGGACAGUGUAUUAGUGCUUCGGGGGGAUGGGCUAUGUAUUGA